AUGGAAUUCAAACUCUUCAAGCCUAUCCAACUUGGCGAUAUCACUCUCCAGCACCGUAUAGUCUUGGCCCCAUGCACCCGCCUCAGAAACUCGCCUGAAGGCGCGCCUUUGGAUAUCACCGUCCAAUACUACGAGCAGCGGGCCACAGUCCCAGGCACUUUCUUGAUCUCUGAAGGUACUUCGGUCGCUGCGAAAGCUGUUGGUUUCCCCAACGUUCCUGGGAUUUUCAAUGAUGUGCAGAUCAAAGCCUGGAAGAAGCUCGUUGACGCAGUGCAUGCCAAAGGCUCCUUCAUCUACCUCCAGCUCGCCGCCGCCGGCUCCCUAGCCCUUCCCGACGUUCUUAGCGCUCAGGGCCUCCCAUAUGUAGGUGCCGGCACCGUCCCCUUCCCUGGCCGUGAAGCAACUCCACCCCGCGCUCUCACAAUCGACGAGAUCAAAGAAUAUGUACAAUUCUGGGCCACUGCGGCGAAGAACGCGGUCGAAGGCGCGGGGUUCGAUGGAGUCGAGGUGCAUGGCGCGAAUGGAUUGUUGAUCCACCAGUUUUUGAGAAGCGCUUCGAAUAACAGGACGGAUGAGUAUGGUGGGAGUGCGGAGGGGAGGAGUAAGUUUGCAUUGGAGGUCGUGGAGGCGGUGGUGAAGGCUGUCGGACAGAACAAGGUCGGGUUCAGGAUUAGUCCUUGGCUGCAAUCAAACAAUGCUUCGGAAGAGAUCACCUCCACCUUUACCUAUCUGAUCACGCGCAUCCGUGACCUCUAUCCAGCCCUCAGCUAUCUUCACGUCGUCGAGCCUCGAGUUGAACGUGACUCCACUCUGGACGUGGCGCCCAAGGAGAACAACGACUUCCUUCGCAAGAUAUGGGGCUCUGAGGCUUACAUCGCUGCUGGAGGAUUUGGGCGGGAGGAUGCUAUCCAGACGGUCGAGGAGAAAGGCGGGCUGGUCGCCCUUGGGAGACAUUUCAUCGCGAACCCCGAUCUCCCUCGCCGGUUCCGCGAGAAACUGCCGCUCAACAAGUACGACCGCCCGACAUUUUACGUCCCGGGAGAUGUCGCCGCUGGAUAUAUCGACUAUCCUUUCUAUGACGAGGCCAAGGAGAAGGACGAGCAAUUGGUUUCUGCGGAAGCAAUUCCUGUGGCUUAA